UAUUUCAUGCAGCCGCAGUCGCAGCAGUUUCAGCAUCCUUUCUAUAUCUUCGGUCGUUCCCCUGCUCAGCAACAACAACAGCAGUAUCAGCAACCACAGCAAGUACAGCAACAGCAACAGCAACAACAACAGCAACAACAACAACAACAGCAACAGCAACAGCAACGGCAACAACAGCAACAGCCAGGCAUUGUUUUUCAGCCUCCAAAUUUACUUAACAAUACUCAGAUCAAGACAACCCUAAACUAGGAUAUAAAAGUACAAAUACAAA